CAAUAAGAACUAUAAAAAAUUAUAAGCUUAUAAUACACUAAGACGAAAAUGUACUCUUUGCUGAAAACUUCCACCAACUGUUUUAUUGUCUUUCAAAUUCGCAAAAAAUAUAGUUUUUUUUUGCAAACACUUGAACACACAUUUGCCUCGCCUGAACAUGUGCCAGUCUUUCAAAUUCUCCUUAAGGCACUUAAAUAAUAAAAGAAAUAUAAAUAUUUAGUUAUAACAGGAAUGCAUUGUUCAUAUGGAUAAUUUGGUCCUAUAAAAAGCCAGAUCAUGCUAUAUCACCAGUUUAGUUCAAUAUCAAUCGAUCGAAUAUGACAAAAUUCAACAUCAAUUGGAUAUUCAGUGUUGUGGUUCUCAUUGCUGCCGCAAAUCUGGCAAGCGCGUCUUCAGAUGCCUUCGAUUUGAGCGUGCUCAGGGAUAUACUCAAUUUGUUUGAUAAAAAACUUUCGGUACUACAAUGCAUGGAAAGAAGUUGUGAUCCUUUGGCUCAUCAGAAAAUGAUUGCAAUUGAGAAUGAAAUGGGAAGAGAGAUGAGAACAAGGCUUGCCGCAAUCGAAACUUUUGAACUUGAUUCCCUUAAGGCUGAUGAGUUACUGCAGGCCUCAAUUGAGAAAUUGUUACUUGCCGAGCCCAAAUGCCAUGACCUGUCGUACUCAUGCCCAGGCCAAGCCAUCGGAACAAUUCAUUCGUUACCACAAUUCCUAAAUGACUAUAUUACUCCUGUGCAGUACCUCACCCAAUACGGACUAAGGUGUGUUAAUUUAACGAAUGUUCAAAAAGCUUUGGAGAUCUUGGGCAAGUCCAUUGAAUACCUUGAAAACGAAAAGUCGAAUGGAGGCAAUUACUUCGAGGAAGCAUUGCCUGCCUACAAUUAUGUGGCAAAUGAAUAUCGCAAAUUGUGUGAUGGAAAUUUUUGGUUCGGGCCUGUAAUCCAUGGCUAAAAACUGUGUAUUCACAAUUCUAGUCGAAGGCGUAGUUUCGAAUAAAAUUAAAUUUGUGGAAAAAAUGUAUUAUAGAAAAUAUCGCUUAAAUUCGGCAUUAAUAAAAUAACAUGGACUGGUGAGAUGGUGAAAU